AAACCCAUUCCCCAAUUCUCCCCCACCAAAACCGACUACCCGCUCCUCUCAAAAGUCUUCCACUUCUGCGUCGGAGUCUACGGUUCUCCCCGCCCGCAUUUUCGGCACCUGGACCCUACUCGCCUGUAUUCUCCGAACGUAUGCCGCUUAUGCCCUCGAUCAUACGGAUAUCUACGCCAUCACGCUUAGCACGUAUCUCAUUGCUCUAGGUCAUUUCACGAGCGAGUGGUUGAUUUAUGGGACGAUGACUUUGAAGGGUGGCUUGGCGCCGCCGCUGUUCUUCUCCACCACGACGACGUUGUGGAUGCUUUCGCAGUGGGGAACGUAUUAGAGGUGGGAUGGUGAUGUAUUGGUCGGAUCUACGGCAUUCACGUCGAGAUCCACAUCAAUGUCCAGGGUCCCGAUUCGUUGUCCAACCACAUUCUUGAUGGGCCAUGAGUGUGGAUUGUGAAUGCUGAUCGGGAACUCUCUCGCAAGCUUACUUGUAUUUCUAUCAAUAAUGAGACAAUCUCAUCUAGCCGCUUUCAUUGUAUUCAUCUUAGAUGUAGACUUACUCUUCCAAAGUAAGCAUUUUCCAGACGGCCAACCUUUCAUGCAUACCCUCUCCAUAGCAUUGUAUUUCUCACGACGCUCAUCACAAUGUGGUGCAUAAAACGUCGCUAGCAUGGACUCUUACAUUGUUCGGGGUUGGUAUAUGUUGAUACACAAUUCAAAAGAGCCUGUAUAUAACUGGGAACAUCCCCGAUCAUCUUGCAUCAUUCCAACCCACCCUCGCUUGUCAAGAUUCAGCUAUUCAACUACUCCUCCCUUGGC